UGUGCGUACCGUCCGCUUGGAAAACGACCCUUCAGAGCGACUGCGCAGGGUUCCGUUGUGCCUCCGCCUGCUUCCGCUUCCCUGAUUCUUCGCGCACGCCAGCGGGCUUGGACUAGCGCCCGAUACCGACGACGCCAUGGCUGCACUCAGCCCUGAAUUGCAGGAGAAGCUCGAGGAGCUGGACAGGGAGCUUGAGGAGGGUGAUAUCACUCAAAAAGGGUACCAAAAACGGCGAACGCAGUUGCUGUCGCAGUAUGGACUUGGCAACGUCCCCGAGUUGAAGACGGGCAGCCCGCGCGUUCACUCUCCCGACGACCACCAUGAAUCCUCCCAAGACCACCGCGCCGCCUCGCUGGCCGCUUUGAAUGCGGGCCCGGAGCCCCCCAGUCCCCAAUACCUCAACGUUGAAUCGCAUCCUGCGUCUUUGCUGGCGCCCGGAGGACCCAUGGCCGAACAACGCCCGAACAUGCGUCAGCACCAUUCGCUCUUUCUCUCCUCGGCCCCCGUCGCCGAACCCUCCACUCGUUCGGACACCAUGGUUUCUGGAGAUUACGCCUUCAACCCCGAGCAGCAUAAUCUUGGGUAUGGGGAUCAGCCGCAACAGAACCCGUAUGACAGCAGAACCGGGACGAUGCUGGAUUCGCAGGCCUACUUUUCGGACUUUGCCGGGCAGGCAUACGAUCCUGCUGCGCCGGAAGAAUAUGGGGGCCCCCAGAGGUAUUCAUCAAGCGACGUUUUCUCUCCCACGGCGGCAAUGGCGCCACCAAUGCCUACAACAAACGACUUGCCGCCACCAGACGCCCUCCGGUUUCUGAUGCCACUUGAGCCGCGCGAGUUACCUUUUGCCAUUCACGACCCCCACGAUGAGACCGUUCCCAUGUCCAACUUCGACAACAUAGCGGCCGUGCUUAGGCACCGCGGCCGCACCUCGGCUAAGCUUCCGGCCUACUGGGUGUUGGACAGUAAGGGGAAGGAGAUCGCUUCCAUAACCUGGGACAAGCUGGCCCUGAGAGCCGAGAAGGUGGCCCAGGUGAUUCGCGACAAGAGUUCUCUCUACCGCGGGGACCGUGUUGCGCUCAUCUACCGGGAUGCCGAAAUUAUCGACUUUGCCAUCGCGCUGCUGGGCUGCUUCAUCGCCGGAGUGGUCGCGGUGCCCAUCAACGAUUUGCAGGACUAUGCGAAGCUCAACCUGAUAUUGACUUCCACGCAGGCACAUUUAGCGCUGACGACAGACAACAAUCUCAAGGCUUUUCAGCGUGACAUCACCGCACAGAAACUCAAUUGGCCCAAGGGAGUCGAGUGGUGGAAGACGAACGAAUUCGGCAGCUACCAUUCAAAACGCAAGGACGACAUUCCUCCCCUGUCCGUCCCGGACUUGGCCUACAUCGAGUUUUCUCGGGCCCCUACAGGGGAUCUAAGAGGCGUCGUCCUUAGCCACCGGACCAUCAUGCAUCAAAUGGCCUGUAUCAGUGCCAUCGUGUCCAGCGCGCCAGGGAACGGGCCAGCCGACACCUUCAACAAAACCCUACGAGACAAGAAUGGUCGUCUGAUAGGCGGCGGCGCCAGCAGUGAGGUUCUGCUGUCUUAUCUGGACGCUCGUCAAGGAAUCGGAAUGAUCCUGGGCGUUCUUUGGACGGUGUACGGCGGGCAUACCACUGUCUGGCUGGAAAACAAGGCAGUUGAAGUACCCGGCCUAUACGCCCACCUCAUCACCAAAUACAAGCCUACCGUCAUGGUUGCCGACUACCCUGGCCUGAAACGGGCGGCAUACAACUAUCAGGCCGAUCCCAUGGCGACGAGGAAUUUCAAGAAAGGCAUGGAGCCAAAUUUCCAAAGCGUCAAACUCUGCUUGAUAGACACCCUUACUGUCGACAGCGAGUUCAACGAGCUUCUCGCCGACCGUUGGUUCCGCCCUCUCCGCAAUACGCGGUCGAGGGAGGUGGUAGCACCCAUGCUCUGUCUGCCCGAGCAUGGUGGCAUGUUGAUCAGCGUCCGUGACUGGCUCGGCGGCGAGGAGCGCAUGGGCUGCCCUUUGAAGCUCGACUCGGGAGCCGAGAGCGGGCCGGAGGACGAGAAGGCAAAGGAAAAGAAGGAGGAGGAGAAGCCGACACCUUCAAAUGGCUUUUCGACCUUGCUUGGACAGAGCACGACAACUACCAAAGAGGAGCGUGCCAAGAUGGAGCUGAGCGAAGUCCUACUCGACAAGGAAGCCCUCAAGACGAACGAGGUUGUGGUUGUUGCCAUCGGAGACGACGUCAACAAGCGUGCCGCGAACGAGCCGGGGACCAUUCGUAUCGGCGCUUUCGGUUAUCCCAUUCCGGAUGCCACGCUCGCCAUUGUCGAUCCCGAGACUGGCCUUCUCUCCUCGCCCAACACCGUGGGUGAGAUUUGGGUCGAUUCUCCUUCCCUCUCCGGCGGCUUCUGGGCCUUGCCGAAGCACACCGAGCAAAUAUUUCACGCACGGCCCUACAAGUUUGAGCCGGGCGAUCCGACCCCCACAGCGAUCGAGCCCGAAUUUCUGAGGACCGGGCUCUUGGGUACCAUCAUCGAAGGCAAAGUCUAUGUCCUUGGCCUGUACGAAGACCGCAUUCGGCAGAAGGUCGAAUGGGUCGAGGACGGCGGUGCCGAGAACACGGAGCAUCGCUACUUCUUUGUUCAGCACAUCGUGGUCAGCAUCAUGAAGAACGUUCCCAAGGUCUUCGAUUGCUCCGCGUUUGAUGUCUUUGUCAACGAAGAACAUCUCCCAGUCGUGGUACUCGAGACGCAGGCGGCAUCCACUGCCCCUACCACCAGCGGAGGCCCGCCUAGGCAGCUGGACACGGCGCUGCUCGACUCCCUUGCGGAAAGGUGCAUGGACGUGCUGUUGCAGGAACAUAACCUCCGCGUCUACUGUGUCAUGAUCACCGCGCCCAACUCGCUGCCCAGGGUGCUGAAGAACGGCCGCCGUGAGAUCGGCAACAUGCUGUGCAGGCGAGAGUUUGACCUGGGCAAUCUGCCGUGCGUCCACGUCAAGUUCGCGGUCGAGCACGCGGUGCUUAAUCUGCCCGUAGGCGUUGACCCGGUCGGCGGCAUCUGGUCGCCGAUGGCGAGCGUCUCCAGAGGGGAGCUUCUUGCUCAAGCAGAUAAGCAGUACUCGGGUAUCGACCGUAGGGAAGUGGUAAUUGACGACAGGACGUCAACGCCGCUCAACAACUUCUCUAGCAUCACCGAUCUCAUUCAGUGGCGCGUGGCGAGGCAGCCCGAGGAACUGGCCUUCUGCACGAUCGACGGACGAGGAAAAGAAGGGAAGGGCGUGACAUGGAAAAAGUUCGACAUGAAGAUCGCCGCCGUCGCCGUCUAUUUGAAGAACAAGGUGAAGCUCAGGGCUGGCGACCAUGUCGUGCUCAUGUACACUCAUUCCGAAGAUUUCGUCUUUGCUGUUCACGCCUGCAUCAACCUCGGGGUCAUCAUUAUCCCUCUCGCACCCAUGGAUCAGAACCGCUUGUCGGAGGAUGUUCCGGCAUUCCUGCACCUGAUAUCGGAGUUCCGCGUGAGGGCCGUGCUCGUCAACCAAGACGUUGAUCAUCUGUUGAAGACGAAGCCGGUCGCGCAGCAUAUCAAACAAACCGCGCAGGUGCUCAAGAUCACGAUUCCAAACAUUUACACCACAAGCAAACCGCCAAAGCAGAACAGCGGCUUGCGGGAUCUCGGCAUCACUAUGGAUCCCGCCUGGAUCCAGCCCGGCUACCCGGUCAUCAUCUGGACCUACUGGACCCCCGACCAGCGGCGACUUGCUGUGCAGCUCGGCCAUGACACGAUUCUCGGCAUGUGUAAGGUGCAGAAGGAAACUUGCCAGAUGACGAGCUCCCGGCCGGUGCUGGGCUGCGUGAGGAGCACAACCGGACUCGGCUUCAUCCACACAUGCUUGAUGGGUAUCUACAUCGGCACGCCUACAUACCUCCUAUCUCCUGUCGACUUCGCACAGAAUCCCGCCUCUCUCUUCCUAAUCCUGUCGCGAUAUAAGAUCAAGGACACUUACGCAACCCCUCAGAUGCUGGACCAUGCCAUGAAUCUGAUGCCUGGUAAAGGAUUCACGCUACACGAACUCAAGAACAUGAUGAUCUCGGCCGAGUCGCGGCCCCGGGUCGACGUCUUUCAAAAGGUCCGCAUGCACUUCGCUGCGACGGGCCUCGAUCGAACGGCUAUUAACACGGUCUAUUCGCACGUCCUGAAUCCCAUGAUCGCCUCUCGGUCGUACAUGUGCAUCGAGCCAAUCGAACUUUGGCUGGAUCCCAAGGCCCUUCGGCGUGGCCUCGUCUUCGUGACGGACCCAGAGCGGGAGCCAAAGGCUCUGCUUGUUCAGGACUCGGGCAUGGUCCCCGUGUCGACGCAGAUUGCCAUUGUUAACCCAGAGAGUCGGGAGCUGUGCAGCGAAGGCGAGUAUGGAGAGAUCUGGGUCGACUCCGAGGCGUGCGUAAAGGGUUUCUAUGGGUCGAAGGAUGCCUUUGAUGCCGGGCGCUUCGACGGAAGGACGGUUGAGGACCCAAGCAUUCGGUACGUGCGUACCGGAGACCUUGGGUUCCUUCAUAGUGUGCGGCGGCCCAUUGGGCCUGGUGGUGCGCUAGUUGACAUGCAGGUGCUAUUCGUGCUGGGAAGUAUCGGGGAGACCUUCGAGAUCAACGGGCUGAGCCACUUCCCGAUGGACAUUGAGGCUUCCGUGGAGCGGUGCCAUCGUCACAUUGUGCCGGGCGGAUGUGCCAUCUUCCAAGCCGGCGGCCUGGUUGUCGUCCUAGUCGAAGUUGCCCGCAAAGCCUAUCUCGCAUCCAUCGUCCCCGUCAUCGUCAAUGCCAUCCUCAACGAGCAUCAAAUCGUAGUCGACAUUGUUGCCUUCGUCAACAAGGGCGAUUUCCCGCGCAGCCGGCUCGGCGAAAAGCAACGGGGCAAGAUCCUCGCAGGUUGGGUCAGCCGCAAGCUGCGCACCAUCGCCCAGUUCAGCAUCAAGGAUAACGAUCGCGAACCACUCGGCGCGCCGGGUACCUCCUCCGGUGAACAAGCCUCUAGUCACGGCAGCGGGCUGCCCGAUGACCAGCACCGUGCCAGCUUGGGCAGUUUCCGCAGCGGCAGUGGCGGAAACAAUCCUCGAAACGCCGAACCCGCGCCCCAGGCCCUCGAACUGCGACAGCAGUACCAUCGAGACCAGGGAUACGACGACAGGACUAUGACCAUGAACAGCAUGAAUAGGGCGGCUGCUACCAUGACGCCGGGAUCUGGCCCGGUCGAGAUGCCGGCAGAUGAAGUCAAAAUCAACACCCAUGACAACGACCAGACGCCAACAAAGGACCACCGCACUGAGCAGCAGCAACAGCAGCAGCAGCGGCAGGAACAACCAUCCCAAGGACUCGUCGACCCCUCCCCAGCUCACGGGUUUGAACUGCCCGAUUUUAACCAAUUUGUACCGCGUGAGGAGCGAGGUGAGAAUGAGAAGUCCACGCCCGAAGUCGUCAACGACACGUCCUCCUCCUCCCGCCCGGGUACAGGGACCGGCAAUGGCAAUGGCAAGGGUGUGGGCGGGUCCAUGUCGUCUCAGGGCCCGCCACAGAUCAGGUUACCCGGUGUGGAUGGGCGCGAGUCGCUGGAUGAUUGGGACUUGAGGCCUAGGAGCGGUGGUGGCGCGGAAGGGAUGGGAGAUGUGCAGGAAGAAGAUGAUUGGAAGGCAGAUGCUUAUAUGUCAAUGAACUUGGCGGGAACGCUUGGGGGACAGUAAGAGGCGGCCAUCGAAAUGAUGGCAGGCUUAGUGGUUUCAAUUUUUUUUUUUUUUACAGCCCCUUGUGUGCGUGGCUUUCAUGCACAUGGCUGUCUUGCGGUUCGGGUAAUGGGUGACGGGCGUUGAUUGUUUGGG